AUGGAGAAUAUGAAAUCUUUAGUUUUGGAGUCUUACAAUGGUGAUAUCAAUCCUAAGGAUCAUCUCCUGUACUUCAACACUAAAAUGGUCAUUAGCGCUGCCUCCGACGCUGUGAAGUGUAGAAUGUUUCCCUCAACUUUCAAGUCAACGGGGAUGGCUUGGUUCACCACUCUCCCGCCACGAUCAAUUUCUAAUUUCAUGGAUUUCUCUUCGAAGUUCUUGGUGCAAUUCUCGACAAACCAAAUUCAGAAUGUGACGAUCAAUGAUUUGUUCAACAUUCGCCAGAGGGAGGGUGAAACUCUCAAGCACUAUAUGGCGCGCUUUGGAGCUACAUCAGUAAAAGUUGAGGACAUAAUGUCCGAUGUAUGGGUCGGGGCAUUCAAAAAUGGCUUGCGACCUGGAUCUUUAAAUAACAAAAUGAGUCAGAAGCCGGCGACCACAAUGGGCGAAAUCCAUUCAAGAGCUCAUAUGUACAUCUUCAAGGAGGAAGAUGAUGCAUUGAAGUUUCUGAGAGAUGAGGCGGGGGAAAAGGAUGCAGUGUCGUCGUGGUCUUCAAUAAGGGAUUGUGGCGAGAAAGUGAAGCAGCGAGAGGGCAAAGUGCCGCAAGCAGCGAAACAACCAUGA